CGAUCAGUUCUCCUCCUCCUUCUUCUCCCCCUGUCUUCCCCCCCUAACCCUAACCCUUAACGCACUGACUACGAACCCAACAAAAGCACACACACACCUCAACCAGCAGGCCUAUAUCCGCACCCCAAUAGAGCUUCCUCUCCCAAUCCUCAACAAACCCGCAACCUUAAAUUUUUUUUUGUCCCUUUCUUUCUGGAACAAAAACACACUGAUCUCCCUCAUGAACCUCUCAACUCUCUUCUUUAUAAUAAGCUUAGCUUAGGAUUUGGUGGGCUUCACCCAAAUUCCCACUGACUCUCUCCUUCCAUAUCUUCUUUGAUCAUUUAUGGUCAUCACAUCAUGUUAAUGAAGCCCUAGAAAAAAGAUGCAGAGGAGAAGUACAAAGCGAUCAUCCAUCCAGAGAAGGGAAAGAAAAGACACACACACACACUCCCAAUAGUUGUCUUCAAUUCUUCCCCCUGCCCUUUUCAUUAAUUAAAUCUCCCAUAAGCUUUGCUUUGCUUUGAUUUCCACUAAUAAUAAAGCCUUUCCCUUUUUCUCUCAUUUCUCUUCUAACUAAUCCUUUCUUCAGUUUUACACCUUCGUUUGCAUCCCCUUUUGGUAUAAAUUUCGCACUGUUUUUUAUUGCUUUGGUUUGGAUCUUUUUUGUGUUUUGUGGUUUGAUGUUUUGGGGAGGACAUUGAUGAUUACAUAGAGGCUUUUGCUCUUACAUAUAUAGUUUAUAUAUAUAUAUAUAUAUAUAUAUUAUAAUGGAUCCAGUAACAUCUCAUGGUCAUGGCCACUCUCUCCCACCUCCCUUCCACUCAUCAAGAGAUUUCCAAUUACAAUUCCACCAAUUCCAGCCCCGGAACCCCGAGGACGAGGCCCUCAUGUUGAGCCGCACCCCGAAGCAGGACAGGGACGAGAACAGUAGCAACAGCACUGGAGGCGCUGGGACCGGGAGCGAGGGUAAGGAGCCGAACCAGGCAGGGAUGAUGGGAGAGUCGUCGGGAUCUGGGGAAGUCAGUAGGCGGCCUCGGGGGAGGCCUUCUGGCUCCAAGAACAAGCCCAAGCCCCCCAUCAUAAUCACCAGGGAUAGCGCUAACGCCCUACGGACCCACGUCAUGGAGGUGGCCGACGGGCAGGACAUCGUCGAGAGCAUGUCGGCCUUCGCAAGGCGGCGCCAACGGGGCGUUUGCAUCUUGAGCGGGACAGGAACUGUCGCCAACAUCACCCUCAGGCAGCCCCCCUCAGGCGGGGCAGCAGCCGUUGUAGCUCUCCAUGGGCGUUUCGAGAUCUUGUCCCUAGCAGGUUCGUUCCUCCCUCCUCCAGCUCCCCCUGAGGCCACUGGGCUAACGGUGUACCUAGCGGGCGGGCAGGGCCAGGUGGUGGGCGGAAGCGUAGUUGGGGCACUCAUGGCAUCGGGUCCGGUGGUGAUCAUGGCAGCUUCAUUCAGUAACGCAGCCUACGAGAGGCUUCCUCUCGAGGAGGAGGAGGAGAGCGCAAUGCCGAUGCAAGGAGGGGGUGGCCAUCUUGGAUCUCCUCCUUCGGCCCCAGACACACAACAGCAGCUCGUAGGGGAUCCGAACUCUCUUCUCUACCACGGUUUGCCGCAGAACCUUCUCAACCAGCUUCCAUCGUCAGAAGGAGGCUACUGGCCUUCCACCCGCCCUCCAUUUUGAGAUCAAGAAGCAUUUAAUUCGACAGGUUAUGUGCAUUUCUCCAUCUUCAUCUCGAGUUUACCAUUUCGUUACAAUCGUAAAUUGCUUCACUCAUCCCACGAGACGUAUCGUUUGGUCGUGAUAUCGAUCAUUCCUUGAUUUCUUUAUUAGCUAGUGAUCCAUUUGGGGUUGUUUAGGCACUAAAUUGGAGAUUUUCUUGAGGAUAAUUAAUUACUUGGCAUUAUUUGUUUCGGCAAUUUGAUAUCGACUGGGGACAAGGUUUACUACUUGCUAGCUAGGUUUUUUAGCUUUUGUUCUUGCUGAGAAUCGAGAAAAAGUGUGUAAAUAUACACGCUCAUGAUCAAUCAUAUGGUCAGAACUAAUCUCUUUCAUACAAUCAUGAGGUCCUUAUGAUCA